GUUUAUAUUACACGUCUACAGAAAAGUGCGCAAACAUACGUUUAAAAAGAAGAUGCUUUUUCUGGGAAGUGCCAUUGGGAUUAUAUUAUUGGUACUGCAGACUCACCAUUUAAGUUUCAUAAAACAGAAUCUAUUUAGAAAGUGGGCAGAAGAAAGUGAUGUUGGUGCAAUUAGCAAUGACUCAAUUACCCAUCUAGAAGAUAAGCGGACAUUUGUCAUUGCUGCAUACUAUGACAACAGGGAAAAACAAAGGAUUAGAAUCCUCAGCAUUAUCAACAAUACAGAGGUAAAGGAAUUCUACUGUUCCUUGUAUUGUAGCAUCAAUAACAAAAUUCCUACUUUAAAAGCAGAAAUAGAUCUACAUGAGGAUAUAUUUGGUUUUCCAUAUGGUUUGGCUGAUGUCAUCUGUCCAGAGCCUCCUGAUUGUGAACCAAACUACAUUUCUCUCCAUCAGUCUCCAGAUACAGAUAUAACUCACCAACCUAAGUUCAGAAUAAAAAACCGUGAGCCUGGAGUAUUUACAGCCAACUUCACAGUCUGCAUUUCUACAAUGUUUGGAAAUUACAGCAAUACGCUCCAGUUCAUACAGACUAUAGAAAUGUAUAAAUUACUGGGCGCCCAGAGAGUAAUGAUCUAUUUGCACAGCUGCAGCCCACAAAUGGAGGAGGUAUUGAAAUACUAUAUUAAGGAAGGCGUAGUUGAGGUUGUACCAUGGCCAAUUGAUCGAUACUUGAAGCCCUCAAAGAGCUGGCUUUACCCUAACGAUGAUACUCAUAUUGGCUAUUACGGACAAGUCACAACAUUAAAUGACUGCAUUUACCGGAACAUGUACAGAAGCAAGUUUGUCCUACUCAAUGACAUAGAUGAGAUCAUUUUACCUUUUAAACAUGACAACUGGGACAUCAUGAUGGAAAGUCUUGAGAAGCAACACCCAGAAGUGGGAAUCUUCCUCUUUGAAAACCACAUUUUCCCAAUAACUGUAACCACUGAUGGUCAUUUUUCUGAUAUUUCCAACUGGAUAAAUGUGCCAGGAAUCAACAUUAUGCAACAUGUCCACAGAGAACCAGAUAGACCCGAUUUCUUCAAUGCCAAGAAAAUGAUAGUAAACCCACGGAAGGUGAUUCAGACCUCAGUUCACUCUGCUUUAAAGAGCUAUGGACCUUCAGAAAAUGUCUCCAACAAAACUGCUUUAGUUUAUCACUGCAGAGGGCCUCUUCAGGCAGCUUUAGCUAGAGAAUCAUUAAUUGAAGAUAAAACUAUAUGGCGGUAUAAUGUCUCACUAAUUAAUAAUGUUAAUGCUGUGUUACAUCAAACAAUCUUUAAAGAAAAUCAUCUCUUCAACAAAUUAUAAACACAAUCGUUAUCCAGACA